CAAGGGGCGAGCCCAAGGGAUUGGCCAGGGAAAAGUUUGCCUGUGCGCGCGUGCGAGCCAUCGCGGAGCAGCUGGAGCGGCCGCCGGAGUUCCCGGGGCGCUCGGAGAGGCCCGGGCGGCCGGCGCUCCGAGAUGAGGGCGGCCGCCGGCUUGCUCUUCUUCCUGGGCCUGAGCCAGUGGGGCUGGCCCGCCGAUGCGGCCGCUUGCCAUGGGUGUUCAUCUGGACCCAAGUGUGACUGCGGUGGAAUAAAAGGGGAGAAGGGAGAGAGAGGACUUCCAGGUUUGGAAGGCCACCCAGGUUUACCUGGAUUUCCUGGAGCAGAAGGACCUCCUGGGCCUCCAGGCCAAAAGGGUGAUGACGGUGCUCCUGGGCCACUGGGCCCGAAGGGAAUCAGGGGGCCCCCUGGACUUCCUGGAUUCCCAGGGACACCAGGUCUUCCUGGAAUGCCAGGCCUUAAUGGAGCCCCAGGACCUCAGGGCAUCCCAGGGUGCAACGGGACAAAGGGGGAACGUGGAUUCCCAGGCAUUUCUGGUGUUCCAGGUUUACCAGGUCCCCCAGGUCCUCUUGGGAUCCCAGGGAUGAAGGGGCUGCCAGGGAGUAUAAUUCUGUCCACACUGCCAGGCCCGAAGGGGGACCCAGGCGAUCCAGGGCUUCCAGGAAGACAAGGCCCAGCUGGUGUGACUGGAAGUCCAGGUCCUCUUGGUUCCCCCGGCCUACCAGGGUGGAUGGGGCCUCCUGGGCCACCAGGAAUUCAAGGACCAAAGGGGAAUAUGGGCUUGAAUUUCCAGGGCCCCAAAGGUGAAAAAGGUGAACAAGGGCUGCAGGGCCCACCUGGCCCCCCGGGGCAGAUUGGGGAACUGAAGGGAUCAAAUGAGACGGAGCUGCUGAAAGGAGAUCAGGGUACCCCAGGUGACCGAGGCUCACCUGGACUUCCUGGGCUCCGUGGGCCUCCUGGUCUUCCUGGUGGUAUGAAGGGUGAAAAAGGCCAGCAAGGGGAACCAGGCCAGAAAGGUAGGCCAGGCAGAGAUGGAGCCAGUGGCCUCCCGGGCAUGCAAGGCUUGCCUGGUGAUCCUGGUAUUCCUGGUAAACCUGGAAGGGGUGGUGAAAAGGGUCAAAAAGGUGAUACUGGCCCCGCUGGCCUGCCUGGACUUGUAAUUCCUUGGCCUGGGACUGGUGAAAAAGGGAACCUGGGCUUGCCUGGUUUGCCUGGAGAGAAAGGAGAUCAAGGAUUCCCUGGGGUACCAGGUCUGUCUGGCCUUCCUGGGCCUCCAGGGACCAUUAUCAUAGGCCCUCCUGGACCGCCUGGCUUUCCUGGGGAAAGGGGCGAGAAGGGAGCUAAAGGUCUGCCUGGCAUCACCAUACCUGGACAGCCUGGACUUGACGGGCGGCCUGGGACUCCUGGUCUCCCUGGGACUCCGGGCGAACCAGGACCUCAUUUCCCUUCUAAUGGUGAGAUAUGUGAAAAGGGAGCUCGGGGCCCACCAGGAUCUCCAGGGGACAGAGGAAUGCCAGGAGAGCAAGGAGUAAAAGGAGACAAGGGGGACACCUGCCUCAACUGUAUUGAAAUUGGCCUUCCUGGAUCUCCAGGGCAGCCUGGACUGCCAGGACCUCCAGGUCUUACAGGAGCUCGUGGUUUCCCUGGGCAGAAAGGCGCCAAAGGAAAUGUCGGUGCCACUGGCCGGGAAAACAGCAUUUUUUUUUCUCUUUUUGGGUCUCAGGGCCUUCCAGGAGUUCCAGGUACCUCAGGAUUACCAGGUCCAAAAGGAAGUCCAGGGGACACCCUCACUUUCCCAGAAAUGAAGGGUGACAAAGGAGAUGCUGGUUCCCCAGGGGCUCCAGGGAUUCCUGGUUUGCCUGGCACUCCAGGACAAGAUGGAUUGCCUGGGCUUCCUGGCCUCAAAGGAAAACCUGGUGGCUUUGCUUUAAAAGGUGAAAGAGGUCUCCCUGGGAAGCCAGGUUUGCCAGGUCUCCCUGGGAACAGAGGGCCCAUGGGUCCUCCUGGUUUGGGCCCACCAGGCCCUGUGGGUGAAAAAGGCAUGCAAGGCAUGGCAGGAAAUCCAGGUCCUCCAGGAGUCUCAGGUGCCAAAGGUGAUCCAGGUCCGACUAUAUCCCAGCCAGGGCCUCCUGGCUUGCCUGGCUUACCCGGCAGGGAUGGUGAUGUGGGUCUUCCAGGUGACCCAGGGCUUCCAGGGGUGCCAGGCUCACCAGGAAUCCCUGGUAGUAAAGGGGAACCAGGUAGCCCUGGCAUUGGUCUUCCUGGACCACCAGGUCUCAAAGGUUACCAGGGAAUGCCGGGGCCUCCGGGAACCCCUGGGGCACCUGGAAGACGUGGUCUACAAGGCUCUCCUGGGCAUCGUGGCUUCCCAGGUCCAAAGGGAGAGCCAGGGCUUGGCCUGCCUGGGCCACCUGGGCUCAGGGGACUCCCAGGUCUCAAAGGAACACCUGGUCCAAAAGGCAGUGCUGGUUUCCCAGGGCCCCCAGGCAUCCCAGGGCUCCCUGGCUUGGAUGGGCUGGCUGGACCAAAAGGUGACCCUGGAGCAGUUGGACAGCCUGGACUUAUAGGUCCUUCUGGGCCACCAGGAAUUGGCCGUCAGGGACAUCCAGGACCACCAGGGAUUCCUGGACCUCUAGGUCAACCAGGCUUGCCGGGAGCCCCAGGAGGAAAGGGAGACCCAGGACCCCCUGGGUUUGAUAUCUCAGGGCCUCCUGGUGAGAGAGGCCCUCGAGGCAUUCCUGGAACACCUGGUAUCAUGGGGCCUCAAGGUUCCCCAGGGCCCCCGGGACAAGAUGGUGCCCCUGGGCUUUCAGGUGCCAAAGGUGAAAUGGGGAAGUUGGGGCCUCCAGGACCACCGGGACCUUUAGGAAUUCCUGGAAGGAAUGGUAUUCCUGGCUUGAAAGGUGAGGAGGGUUUGCCGGGUCAGGCAGGAUUUCCUGGUCCUGUAGGACAAAAAGGUGGAAAAGGCGAGCCUGGUGUUCCAGGCCCUCCUGGACAAGUGGAUCCGAACUGUCAGACAGUAAAGGGGGAGAAGGGAGAACCAGGCUCACCAGGCAUUCCUGGAGCAUUGGGUCUCAAAGGCUCCCAAGGUAUUCCUGGAGACCCAGGACAACCUGGACUGGUUGGGCAGCCUGGUUCCCCUGGACCACCAGGCCCCAAGGGAAACCAAGGCCUUCCAGGGCGACCAGGACCAGUAGGCCCUCCUGGAUUAAAAGGACGCAUAGGAGACAUGGGAUUUCCGGGUCUCCAAGGUGUGGAAGGGUCUCCAGGGAUGCCUGGAGUUGCUGGCCAGCCUGGCUCCCCAGGAUUUCUUGGACAAAAUGGAGACAAAGGAGCUCCUGGGGUUGCAGAAAUUGGUCACCCGGGUCUCCCAGGUCCUAAGGGUGAUCCUGGCCUGCCUGGGUACCCAGGUACUCCUGGCACUCAAGGUGCCCUGGGAGAUAUUGGUUUGCCUGGUGCUCCAGGGAGCCCUGGGGUAAAAGGACGGCCAGGCUUUCCCGGAUGGCCAGGUACUACAGGACUUCCUGGACCCAAAGGUCUGGAUGGCCCACCUGGCAGCCCUGGUAUCCCAGGACAGUCUGGUCCUGUAGGCAGUCAGGGCCAUCCUGGUUCCCCAGGAUCUCCAGGAGAGAAAGGGAAACCUGGUCAAGAUGGAAUUCCUGGGCCACCUGGACAGAAGGGUGAACCAGGUCAACCAGGAUUUGGAUUCCCAGGACCUCCAGGAAUCCCAGGAUUUCCUGGUGAGAAGGGUGAUGAAGGUUCACCAGGCACUCCAGGAAAGCCUGGCCCUCAAGGCCCAAAAGGUGAACGGGGCUAUCCUGGCUUCCCUGGCAUACGAGGGCCCCCAGGUCCUGCUGGCUCUCCAGGUCAAAAUCGAGAAGGUCUCAAAGGGAACCCUGGGCCUCGAGGUCGUCCUGGGAGACCAGGGCCUAGAGGUCCCUGGGGUGACCCUGGAAACGGACGAGUGAAAGGAAAGAGGGGAGACCCCGGCCCACUUGGGAAGCCUGGUUUGCCUGGUUUCAAAGGAGAACAAGGCCCACCUGGGCCCCAGGGUGAUCCUGGGCGGCCAGGGCGCAUUGGAAUGAAGGGAAAUCCUGGCAUCCAAGGUAUCCCAGGAUUCCAAGGGAUGAAAGGACCUACUGGUGCUCCUGGUUCAGCUGGCCCUGCAGGGGAUCCAGGCCCUAGAGGUCCUUCAGGUCCCCCUGGCUUUCCUGGACCCUCUGAGCAGGAUCUCAUAGUCAAAGGAGAUAUUGGACCUCCAGGACCACCAGGCCAGCCAGGAUUAAAAGGUCUCCCAGGGAUCCCAGGACCCCAAGGUUUGCCAGGUCUAACUGGCCCACCAGGAGACCCUGGACGUAAUGGACGCCUUGGUGUUAAUGGCCCAGAAGGCCACAAAGGAGACCCAGGCCCAUCAGGUCAACCAGGUAGCCGUGGAAUAGACGGUUCCCCAGGACCAGAUGGCUUGCCAGGGCUACCAGGUCCCCCGGGAACCCUUUCUCUUGCCCAUGGAUUUCUCAUCACACGUCAUAGCCAGACCACAGAUACACCACAGUGCCCCCGAGGAACUGUACAGAUCUACAGAGGGUUUUCUCUCCUGUAUGUGCAAGGAAAUGAGAGGGCCCAUGGCCAAGACUUGGGGACGUCGGGCAGCUGCCUCCACCGCUUCAGCACCAUGCCUUUCAUGUUCUGUAAUAUCAACAAUGUAUGCAACUUUGCCUCCAGAAAUGACUACUCCUACUGGCUGUCCACUCCCAAGCCCAUGCCAAUGACCAUGGAGCCGCUGAAGGGACAAAGCAUCUUGCCAUUUAUCAGUCGAUGCUCAGUAUGUGAAGCCCCAGCAACAGUGAUUGCAAUUCACAGUCAGACCACCCAGAUCCCCCAUUGCCCACAGGGCUGGGAUUCUCUCUGGAUUGGUUAUUCCUUUAUGAUGCACAUGAGUGCUGGUGCAGAGGGCUCUGGCCAGGCCCUGGCCUCUCCUGGUUCCUGCCUGGAAGAAUUCCGUUCAGCCCCCUUCAUUGAAUGUCACGGACGGGGAACUUGCAACUACUAUGCCAACUCCUACAGCUUCUGGCUGGCAACUGUGGAGGCAUCAGACAUGUUCAGUAACCCAGAACCAGAGACUCUCAAAACAGGAGACUUGAGGACACGCAUUAGUCGAUGUCAAGUUUGUAUGAAGAGGACAUAAAAUCUUGGAGAAUUUUGGGGAGGAGGAUGAUAUUUGUUUGAAUGGAAAAUUCCCAGGGUGCACUAUUUCUGCCCCACCAAUGGUGCUACAGACUGUUACCCGUCCAGAUCCAGAUGCAUCUCUGCGAAAUGCUGGAAGGAGCCUUCUCCUUUGCAUGUUUUACAAAAGGAACAAAGAAAAGAAUGGACCUCUUAGACCCAGGGAAAAUGCAAAUGAAGACUGCUUUUGGCCCACAAAGUAAAACGGCCUUUUUUUUAAAAUCAGCUAGGACAAGAACCACACUGAAUAUGUUUAAAGUAACAAGACUGUAGGGUUUUUUUUUUUUGGGGGGGAAACAUUUUUCAUGGUGCUACUAACCCUCCUAUAUCUCAAGUUAUUAAUAUUAAAAUGGUAAGCUUAUUUCUCUGCAGAAGUAAGGAAUAUGUGUACUAUGUUCAAACUGUCAAGUCAUUUAGAUGUGAAGGCAGUGGAAGAUGCCUAAUCCCGCACAGCAGCCAGAGGCUCUAGCAGUGUUUGGGGGCAUCAAGUGACUCUCAAUUGUCAGUUUCUCUGUAGUUUUCCCAUUCCCCUACCCCCUUCUGAUGUGACUUCCUUUUAGAAAUACAUGAUUUGGGUAAUUACUUUCAUCAGGAUUUUAAAUUUCAUAUAAUAUAUGAUAUGUCUAAAGAUGCCUGUCACCUUGCUCUGGAAAAUGGAGUGAUUUCUUCUGCUGGAUCCAAAGCCCUAUUUAGAUGCCUCUAAUGGUAAAUAUUUGCUCAUUCUAGGCUGAUAGAGUCCCCCCCCCCCCAUUAUUCUUUUCCCUCUGCUUCCCACCCUAGAUUCUUUCUGUUCUGGUCUCUGCUGAGCAGGAGCUGAAAAGCCAAUACUUGGUUUCCACAUGUGCUGUUACUUUACUAUUAUGAUUUUAAACACAAUUCCAAAUAAAGAGCCAUGACAUA